AUGGUCAACUCUCAAUCAGCUGUUACUAAUCAGCAAACUUCAUGUGCUAAGAAAAAUGAAAUUUCUGAUUCGGUUAAUAUUAAUCACGUUAAACUUAAAGAUCCAUGUGAUUCUCCUCAUUUUUUGAAUAUUCAAUCGGGUUUGUUGACUCAGACACUCUUAGCGACUGCUCUGGUAAAUGUUAAAAACGAUAAGGGUAAAAUACAUAAAUUUAGAAUUUUACUAGAUCAAGGGUCGGAAAGUUGUUUUGUCUCAGAAAGAGCCGUUAAAAUUUUGAAUCCUCGAUAUGCUCGAGUUAAUACUCUCGUUUUUGGAGUGGGAGCUAUGAAUAUUGGCGAAGCUAAAAAAUUAGCACAUUUUGAAAUUAUUUCAAGGGAACAGGAUUGUCCUAACUUAUUAAUUAAAGCCUUAGUUUUGAUAAACUUAACCUCCUACAGUCCACCCACAAGUAUGGGUUUAAAAAACAAUUUAGAGCAAACUAAUUUAUUAUUAGCAGACCCCGAUCCUUUUAGUGAUUCUCGAAUUGAUUUUAUAAUUGGAGCCGAUAAAUUCGGCGAAUGUUUGUUACCUGGUUUGGAACAAAAUUUAUUUGGUUCUUUAACUGCGCAGGCGUUAAUUUUUGGUUGGAUUCAUUCUGGUCCAGUUCCAUGUGAUUCUGAAGUAAAACCCUCCUUAUCUAAUCAUUUAAGUGUCUCGACUGACACUUUACACGAGAAUUUAAUUCGUUUUUGUCAGUUAGAAGAAAGUCCAGUCAAAUCGUCCUUGACUGAAGAUGAGAUUCGUUGUGAAGAGUAUUUUCUCUCAACUUUUUCUCGAUUGAAUUAUGGUCGUUAUAUGGUUCGAUUACCAUUUAAGUUUGUUUUUCCAAUAGAUAUUGGUAAUUCGCUGGAGAGAACUAAAAUUAUUCUUUCUAAAGUCAUGCAACGUCUUUCUAAAAAUCCUAUUCUAUCGAAACAAUAUCUGGAAUUUAUGUCUGAAUAUAUCGAAACGGGACACAUGCAAAUUGUGAGCGAAGAAGAAUUGAAAGACGUCUCUCAAACCGUGUAUAUACCCCACCACCCCGUAUUAAGGAAAAGUAGUACUUCUACUAAAUUGCGGGUAGUUUGUAACGCCUCAAGUUUGUCCUUAAAUGGAACGUCAUUAAAUUCACAUCUUCUCGUUGGUCCUAAAAUUCUAAACGAUUUAAUUUCGAUUAUUAUGCGUUAG